CUUAAGAAGCUCUAAUGGCGUCUGGCCGUGGCCCCAACAUAGUCUGCUUCGGUAAUAUCAUGACAGUAGGCACCGACGAAGGCAUGAUGGCAGCUGGGGAAUACCAGACUCAUUUCGCAUCACCAGGAAAACCUGCUGCUCUUCCCAAUCUGUUGGAUGCGUGUGGUUUCAUUUAAUCUUCUACUUUUGACAUUGCACAAUUUGAAUUGAGUGUCCGGGGAUGCCUGCAAACAUACACAGCGACGAACUCCAAAUCUAGGAGAGCGAUAGCCAUCGAAUGGGACAGAGGGAUCGACCUGCUUGGUCAGCUUGGUUCUUGUCACAUCAUGCUCUGGUACUUACUCCUGCGAUCUUGUUGGGUCCUGAGAGCUUGUCAUGGAUUUCGAGCCCCUGGAGCUUCGCGUGUUUUCCAGGCAGCUCAUUAGCACCCCACUGGGGAUUGUCCCCCGGUGACCCACCAAAGUCAAGCUUCGGGAAUUUGUCCAGACGCUGGCUACAUAGACAGUGCUCCAUAAGGGCUACCACGCUACCGUUCCUGGCGCCUCGUUCAACUCUUCUGUCUCUAGUCUAGGACAACAGUUUGUUUGCCCAACCAUCCAGAUGAUUUAGAGCGCAGAAGCCAACUUGAUAGUCACUUGCUCCACCCCUGGAAGGGCCAAAUAAAGUGGACAACCAUAGGUUUAAUUUCCCUAGACUAAGAGUCAUUACUGCGUUGUUUUAUUGUUCAAGGCGCGAAGGAGUAUUGCGAAACGAUGUGCCCGGUUUAUUUUACCCUGAGCGGGGCUGCUGGGUCUUGCCACGGGCCAGGCAAAUGCCUGAGAUCCUGUCUUUAGAGAAUGGAUACGGACGAUCAUUUCUAUCCGAGCCUCUUGUGAAAACCUCCGGGACAUCGUACAACCUACCUCGCCAU